AUGGGACAGGCAAUAUCAUCAACUGUAGUUUCAGGUUGGGCAUGGCUCCCGAGCGACCUUUUGUAUCUGAUAGUAGAGAAGUUGAUACCAAUCACUGACUACAUCCAGCUUGGUGCAGUUUGUAAGAAUUGGCAAUCAGUAGCUCGUCAUCAGAAGCAUCAGCGCCUCAAAUCAUGUCACAAGCAGCUUCCAAUGCUAAUGGUUCCCAGUAAACACAACUGCCACGAAAGGCAUGGCUUGUAUAGUGUCACAAAAGGAAAGACUUGCAGCUUUGAGUUGCAUGUGCCUUACAAUAAAAGGCUUUGCGGUUCUUCCAAUGGUUGGUUGGCUUGUGUGGAUGAAAAUUUGGAAGUAACCCUUUUAAACCCUUCCACCAAACGUACCAUUCGCCUUCCACCAUUUGCACAAGUCCCUCAACCCAUACACAAACAAGCUUAUAGAAGUGAUGACUAUAUUAAGAAGGUUGUAUCGUCUGCAGACCCUUCUUUGUUUCCAAAUGAUUACGAAGCUGUGGCACUUUUCAAUAGUAAUGGAACCAGAGUAGCUCAUAUUAAGUCAGGGGAUCAUGGUUGGACUCACAUAGAUCAAACAAUCAUAUUCUUUUAUGGUCUGAAUCAAGUGAUUGAAUUCGAUGAUGUGAUCUAUUACAGAGGCCAGUUUCUUGCUGCUAGUAGGGAGGGUGGGGUUUUUGCAAUAAACGUUGGCAAGGAUCCAACUUAUAAACCUCAUGUAAGCAUAGUUGUACCAAUGGAUCAAGGUAUUGAUGACCAAGCAUAUCUAGUGGAAUCGUCUAGGGGAGAUCUAUUGCUGGUUAGGAAGUUCCAAAGUUUGAAUUAUGUUGAGUGUUAUACUGAGACUUUGAGCUUUAAGGUUUUCAAGCUGUUCUCUGAUUGUGGGGAUAAAAUCGGAAGCGAACGGAUUGAGGAGAUUGAUAGUAUUGGAAACGAUGCUUUUUUCUUAGGUGGCAAUAAUCACUCCAUGUGUGUCUCAGCUUUAGACUUUCCGGAUUGUCAUCCGAAUUCCAUAUACUUCUGCAUUGAUAAAUGGGUGGGUUAUGAUGAAGUUCAAGAGCCUCUUGGCAUGGCAGUCUUCAAUUUCGAAAACAGAAAAUUUGGAACAAAUUACUACUGCUCAAGUCCUUCACAGAAGUACAUGCCACCAUCAAUUUGGAUUUUGCCCACCAUGGUGUGA